GUAAGAAGUUGACAGAAACGACCCUCGGCGAUAAAAAGAAAGAAAGAAAGGCACGCGAAUGAAAGACGAGAAGGGUUUUGAAAGGAGACAUUAACUAUGGAGCUGAAUGCACAGAAGCUUGUCUUCAGGUGGAGAUCAGAUGUUACUUCCUUGUGGAAAAUAUUGGUCAAUUCAGUUGGUCUCUAAAUGAGAGAUUUUGUAAUUCAUAUUAUUAGGAUGAUCCUGGAAUGUACUGGGUUUGAAAUGGAUACUGUCUUUUGCAUGGAUAAACCUUACGGAUCCACUCGCAGCAUUGUGAGGAAAAUAGCUGCAAAUUUGCCCUUGAAACCAUGCCCCAGGGUCCAGUUUCAGAUUCUACCAUAUACUCAGGACUCCAGUGUGACUGAUAAAAUUCCCAGGGAAGAUGGCACAGUAACUUCCCUUGCCGAUGUUUCCUGGAUUAUGGAUGAUGAAAUGGAAGCAUGCACAGGACUAAGAUCAGAGAACCGGCCAUUUUUCAUCUCAAGUCAACAACAUUUGCUUGGAAAACCCCUCACCAGACAAGUGUCUUUACCAGUUAUGUGUAAAGAAGGCCAGGAAACUGUGUCUUUAGGAUUUGCCAAUAAUGAGGCAAUACAGAAAAUAAGUGCACUUGAAAAUGAGCUUGCCAGACUCCGGGAACAAAUCGCCCAAAUUGUUUUGGUUCAAGAGAAAAAUUCUCUAUCUGCCACAGGUGAGAUGGUGUCUCCUAGCCCAUUGCCUGAGUCAGUUUCCCCUGCUCUUCCUCCCCCACCACCACCACUACCACCACCACCACCACCUUGUCUGCAACGCAGUGUUUCUGCUAUCGAUCUCAUUAAGGAACGAAAAGGAAAAAAGAUGGAGCAGACAACCUUGCAUUCUGCUAGUAAGCCUCCUGAUGUACCAAAUAUGUUGGAUGUUCUUAAAGACAUAAACAAAGUGAAGCUGCGUUCUGUUAAGAGACCCUUGGAAAACACCGCAAAAGUCCAACAUAACCCCCCAGAUGCUGCCACACUGAUCGCAGAGGCAUUAAAAAGAAAGUUUGCAUACCGCCAUCGAAGCAACAGUCAGAGUGAAUUAGAUGUCUGUGUUUCAUCAUCUGACGUCCAUACUCGGGUGGCGCCGGCAUUUGGACAACACUUACUUAAAUCUACUGGUAAGAGAGGGGUCUUAAUAGAUCCAUCUUCGAGCUAGGAGAACGCUAUCAAAAGGAACUCCAUGCAUCUGUUGUGGAAUUUUUUUAAAUUUUGGAUAAACUGAGGGGCACUAGACGGGAAGAAUCCGGAAAGGGAGAAGCGUCUGUUUAUACAGCACUACAGUUUGUUUUGUUUUUCUACACUUUUCUGUUUUAUUCAGUGUUCACUGAUGUGAUAUAAUGCAGGAUCACUUCAAUAACUGCAGUUGAGAAGCUGCUACUGUUUUCUGCUGUGCAAGGAAUAAUUUGAUAAAGUAAAAAAUAAGAUUAUCUUUUUCUAAUGGGAUCAUGCAAAAUAAUUAUUACAAAAUUUGUAUUUUUACUUGUGCUACUUUUAAUGAAUUUUAUGGCUGGUUUAAUUCAGAUACCACUUUCAAACUGUUUUUAUUUGAGUGGCUAGGUCUUGUUUUAUUGUAUGAACCUUAAAGAUCAUUCCACUAUUUUUUAAAAAGUAAUCUUCUCCAGUGUUGAGUUUCUUGGACACUGAUCCCUAAACUUCUGUAGAUGGACAGUAAAGAGUUUGCGUGACUUACUGCGUCCGUGUUUGAAGUGUUGGCAGUGUGGGGCCCAUUUAAGUAAACGGUUAGUCUCGGGUUCUCAAAAGGCCAUUUCAGUUGUUAAUUGUUUAAUGUUUUUGAACUGGUGACGUGCUGUUUGUAAAGGUUGCAAUCUCAGUAUUUGUUCAGCAACCCUACCUUAAUUUCCUAACACCAUAAAAGCACAAAAAUCUCAAUUUUGCAUACGAAAUACAUUAAAUGUAAAAUUGAAUAAUUCAUUGUUUUAGACUAAAAUAUAUAUUUUAAUUGAUAAUGAUGUAUUUAACAAAUGUUUUAGGAGCGUGUUUUGUAUGCCCUCCAACCCCCUGUGCACCUAACAGUUAUUGGGCAGAAAUAUAGCAAAGUCUAAUGCCUCAUUUAUGUUUCAAUCUAAAUGAAAGAAUUGGGUGUGUAAUUGUGACCAGUUUUAUAUUAAAAGUACUUGAGUUUUAUUUCUCGGUCACCAAGACUCUCUUCUCAUGUCUAAGUACUGUAUACACCUUUAUCCUCCCACACUACAGAAAAUUAGAGAUUUGAAACUGCUGUGAUAUCAAUCAGAGAAGAGUAGCAUCCAGGCGGAGGAGCUGGAAAUUGUUCAGUCGUGUUUAAUGGAGUAGGUGUGAGAGUAUGUUUUAUUUAUUAUUCCAAAAGCCUUUUUAAACCAAGCAGUUUUAUAGUGUGACUUUGGUGGUUGUGUGUCACAAUAAAGAGAUGAUGAUCUGC